AUGACAGAACUGUGGGAUUACCCAAAAUAUGGAUGUCCAUUCAAACGUGGGGGAGUGUACUACUACUUCUAUAACAGUGGUCUGCAGAAUCAAAGGUAUGUCUUUUAUCCAGAUUAUUUUACUCAUCAAGGGGAAAGUGCUUCCACUUAAUGGUUAAUCAAAAGUGUUAUAAAGUCUGAUCGAAUACAAACAAUGAAAGUAUAAUAUGGACGUGUUUACACUGACAAUUCAUUAAUACACAAAAAUGCACAUAUCUGACAAACCUAUAUGCUACAAACCUAUUGCAAAUGCAUCUUGUUGACAAGUUGUUGGAACAGCAUUGUCAUAACUUGUUAACAAGCUUGCUACAAACCUAUUGCAAACGCAUCUUGUUGACAAGUUGUUGGAACAGCAUUGUCACAACUUGUUAACAAGCUUGCUACGAGGUUGUUGAGGAGACAUCUUGUUGACAAGUUGUUGGAACAGCAUUGUCACAACUUGUUAACAAGCUUGCUACAAGCCUGUUGAGCAGACAUCUUGUUGACAAGUUGUUGGAACAGCAUUGUCACAACUUGUUAACAAGCUUGCUACAAGCAUAUUGAGGAGACCUCUUGUUGACAAGUUGUUGGAACAGCAUUGUCACAACUUGUUAACAAGCUUGCUACAAGGCUGUUGAGGAGUCAUCUUGUUAACAAGUUGUUGGAACAGCAUUGUCACAACUUGUUAACAAGCUUGCUACAAGGUUGUUGAGGAGACAUCUUGUUGACAAGUUGUUGGAACAGCAUUGUCACAACUUGUUAACAAGCUUGCUACAAGCAUAUUGAGGAGACAUCUUGUUGACAAGUUGUUGGAACAGCAUUGUCACAACUUGUUAACAAGCUUGCUACAAGCCUGUUGAGCAGACAUCUUGUUGACAAGUUGUUGGAACAACAUUGUCACAACUUGUUAACAAGCUUGCUGCAAGCAUAUUGAGGAGACAUCUUGUUGACAAGUUGUUGGAACAGCAUUGUCACAACUUGUUAACAAGCUUGCUGGAAAUCUAUUGCAAAACAUCUUGUUGACAAGUUGUUGGAACAGCAUUUUCACAACUUGUUAACAAGCUUGCUACAAACCUGUUGAGGAGUCAUCUUGUUGACAAAUUGUUGGAGCAGCAUUGUCACAACUUGUUAGCAAGCUUGCUACAAGUCUGUUGAGGAGAGAUCUUGUUGGCAAGUUGUUGGAGCAGCAUUGUCACAACUUGUUAACAAGCUUGCUACAAGCCUGUUGAGGAGACAUCUUGUUGACAAGUUGUUGGAACAGCAUUGUCACAACUUGUUAACAAGCUUGCUGCAAACCUGUUGAGGAGUCAUCUUGUUGACAAAUUGUUGGAACAGCAUUGUCACAACUUGUUAACAAGCUUGCUACAAACCUGUUGAGGAGUCAUCUUGUUGACAAAUUGUUGGAGCAGCAUUGUCACAACUUGUUAGCAAGCUUGCUACAAGUCUGUUGAGGAGAGAUCUUGUUGGCAAGUUGUUGGAGCAGCAUUGUCACAACUUGUUAACAAGCUUGCUACAAGCCUGUUGAGGAGACAUCUUGUUGACAAGUUGUUGGAACAGCAUUGUCACAACUUGUUAACAAGCUUGCUGCAAACCUGUUGAGGAGUCAUCUUGUUGACAAAUUGUUGGAACAGCAUUGUCACAACUUGUUAACAAGCUUGCUACAAGUCUGUUGAGGAGACAUCUUGUUGACAAGUUGUUGGAACAGCAUUAAUUGUCACAACUUGUUAACGAGCUUGCAACAAACCUGUUGAGGAGACAUCUUGUUGACAAGUUGAUGGAACAGCAUUGUCACAAUUUGUUAACAAGCUUGCUACAAGCCUGUUGAGGAGACAUCAUGUUGACAAGUUGUUGGAACAGCAUUGUCACAACUUGUUAACAAGCUUGCUACAAGGCUGUUGAGGAGUCAUCUUGUUGACAAAUUGUUGGAACAGCAUUGUCACAACUUGUUAACAAGCUUGCUACAAGGCUGUUGAGGAGUCAUCUUGUUGACAAAUUGUUGGAACAGCAUUGUCACAACUUGUUAACAAGCUUGCUACAAGGCUGUUGAGGAGUCAUCUUGUUGACAAAUUGUUGGAACAGCAUUGUCACAACUUGUUAACAAGCUUGCUACAAGGCUGUUGAGGAGUCAUCUUGUUGACAAAUUGUUGGAACAGCAUUGUCACAACUUGUUAACAAGCUUGCUACAAGGCUGUUGAGGAGUCAUCUUGUUGACAAAUUGUUGGAACAGCAUUGUCACAACUUGUUAACAAGCUUGCUACAAGGCUGUUGAGGAGUCAUCUUGUUGACAAAUUGUUGGAACAGCAUUGUCACAACUUGUUAACAAGCUUGCUACAAGGCUGUUGAGGAGUCAUCUUGUUGACAAAUUGUUGGAACAGCAUUGUCACAACUUGUUAACAAGCUUGCUACAAGGCUGUUGAGGAGUCAUCUUGUUGACAAAUUGUUGGAACAGCAUUGUCACAACUUGUUAACAACCUUGCUACAAGUCUGUUGAGGAGACAUCUUGUUGACAAGUUGUUGGAACAGCAUUAAUUGUCACAACUUGUUAACGAGCUUGCAACAAGCCUGUUGAGGAGACAUCUUGUUGACAAGUUGAUGGAACAGCAUUGUCACAAUUAAUUUGUUAACAAGCUUGCUACUAGCCUGUUGAGGAGACAUCUUGUUGGCAAGUUUUUGGAGCUUGGAAGAUGGUACCUCCUCGCAGAACUGUUUGCACUGAAUCAAUAGAGCUAUCCAGUAUAGGAGACAGCUAUAUGGAUUCAAAGAGAUAGAUCUACCCAGGAUCUACCUGAGAAAUAUAAGCAGAACUUCAGCAUUUUGAGAGUCGGAAAGUUAUAGUAGUCCGUAUAAGUAUAAGUAUAAGUAUAAGUAAAGCUACUGUAGUUUGUGUUAAGAGUAGAGAAUUGUUCAUUUUAGCGUGUUGUACUGUAAGGAAACUAUCGAUGGUGAAGCAAAAGUAUUUCUGGAUCCAAAUGCGCUCUCUGAAGAAGGCAACAUAUCUCUGAGGGGUUACGCUUUUUCCGAGGAUGGGAGGUCAUUCGCAUACGGUCUGAGUGAAAGCGGAUCUGACUGGGUCACAAUACAUGUAGGUUUUUAUAAUUAUAUUAUUUGUAAUUAAUAUGAUGAUCAACUAACUACAUGAUAAUGAGUUUACUGUUUUGAGACCGAAGAUACAAAAGAGUAAUGGCGUUUUUGUUUGCACGAAUUUCGCUCCAGUUUGUGUCCAAUGAGGCCAAAAGUAGUGUUGAAAAUAAAAAUUUUAAAAUAAAAACUAUAAAAAUAUUUUAAAAAAUAUACAAGGUGUCUAGCUUUUAUAUUAAAAUUUGAAUUUGUCGCCUAAGUUAGGCUUUAUUUUCAACAGUAGCUUUUGGUUUCAUUCGAACGCACAACACUAUAGUCUCAUAUACUGUAAUGCUACUGAAGGACAACUUUGUACGUCUAAUUGUGACUCUUUUGCGCCGUUUUCAAACCGUAGUGUGAAGUAGUUUAAAAAAUGUAAUCUAUUUGUGUUGAUAAUUUUAGUUCAAAACAACUGGUGCUGAUACAAAAGACCUUCCAGACACAUUGAAACAAGUCAAGUUCACCAGUAUGGAUUGGACACACGAUCAUAAAGGAAUCUUCUAUAAUGUAAAAUGAAAUUAUGAUUUACUUGGCUUGAAACUGUAAUGAUGAGUUUCUAGAGAGCUUGAGCUUCGCGUUACACGUCAAACGGCAAAUGCCAGGCAAAUAAACAUUUUACGGUAUCAGGCAAUAAAGAGUAAAUGAACUUCCUGUUUUAAAACUGAAAUGCAUGAUUAUUCUUUCGACGCAAGGAAGAAAAUAUGAAACGAAAACGUUCAACGAAAAUUUUGCCAAGAAAGUUCGAACCUGCCGUUUGCCGUUCCCGGCAAAGCUUACUGUAAACUCCCUAAUCACAAAUUGUGUGAGAUAAUUAUACGAAUACAGUAAUGUCUUGUUCGUUAUGUAAUAUAUCUAAUCCGACUGUGGGGACUUUACUGCAUGGAUGUCAUUAUCUGGUAAAGUCCGAAUUGUCAGUAUGACAUGAGACCUGUGAAUUAAUUUUGAAGAAGUGAGGUGAAUUAAUUUUGAUCCAUGCAGUCCUAGGAUUCAAUUAAUUUGUUAACAAAAUAAAGUAAUAUGGUUGACUACUAUAUGAAUUAUAAACCCUUAAACUGAUGUGCAAUGCGCCCCCAUGUGCCCUACUUUAGUAUUUACUCUGUCUAACCCAAGACGAUUUUACUCAUCAAGGAAAGAGUUUUGGACGUUAAUGGGCUAAUGAGUUGUUGUUUCCUUGUCUUGUUAAACAGAGAUACCCCAAGACUUCUGAUAAAAGUGAUGGAACCGAAACAGAUCUAAAUUUAAAUCAAAAGGUGGAUUCAUUUAACAUUGUCAUAAAAUGUGGUCUUUUCGUGUUGUCAUAUUUCAUAGUCGACUAAAUUUCAAUUUCUUUCAGUUGUAUUAUCACUUACUGGGGACGGACCAAGACGAAGAUAUUUUAUGCUGUGAAUUUAUUGACAACCCAAAGUGGAUGAUGUAUGAUAUUUUGUUCAAUUUUGUUUCUGUUCAUUUAAACCCUGUGCAUGGUCUUUGCUUAUUAGAACUUUGCAGGUCAGCAGGUUUGAUUCCUGCUAGAUGGCCUGUAGUUGCAUUUCUAUUAUCUAACUCUUCUAAAGAGUCUCACUUAAACACGGGGUUGAAAUUUGAUUUGGGAAAAUUUCGACCAAAUCUAAAAAAAGCAUUCUUCAUAUAGUCAUAGGAAGGUUCAAAGCGCAUAGUGACUUAGAAAAUUUCGUUCAAGACAUUUUUAAAUCACACUCUGACUUUUCAUGGUCUGACACUGCUUAGUCGUAUGCAAAAGUGAUUUCUUAUCCGUAUUUAAAAUGAACUUGUCCGAAUUUUUUCUAUAAAUUCUACUACGCUAUCCGUUGUCCAGAUUUCAGAGCCAACAAUACUGACAUAUUAACUUGAAAUUUCGACUCAAAAUUUGACUUUGACGAUUUUGACAAGGUAUCAUAGAUGAGUCGGGUAUCAUAUAAAUAGCCCCUAGGUUGACAUAGAGUUCGUGGGCAGACAAGAAAACAAAGUUAUACGAAACGUUUUUAUUGUUUCGUUCUAGUGGUGCUGAAGUAAGCGACUGUGGUCGUUAUGUUGUACUGACAAUACGUCAGGGAUGUGAUCCUGUUAAUAAACUUUACUACUGUGAUCUGCAUACUUUGAAAGAUGGAAUAACAGGUGACGAAUAGACCUUAUGCAUAAUGACGUCAUAAGGCUUGAUGCCCGCGAGGAAUGCUGGUCUUAGUAGUCAUCGCCCGGGAAAAUUAAACAAUUCAAAAUGGUCACUAUCGAAAUUUUCCCGGGCGAUGACUACUAAGACCAGCAUUCUUCGCGGGCGUCAAGCCUUGUGACGUCGUUAUGCAUCAGAAGGUCUAUUGGACGUGAUUUGAUGUCUUUGUUCGAGGGAGUCGUAUUUUUAAACAUUCAGUUUUACGCAAGAACGUCACGGGAACCAUACAGCUGUUGUCGAGUUCAAGUCACUAUUCAACGCGCGGGUCCCAAGUUCGUUGCGAACUUGCCAAUUUUGUUUUCACGUUUGAAAACUGGGCGUGAACUUCGCAACGAAGUUCGCAAGUACAUUUCAAUGUUUGAACUUCUUUUUAAAAACAGAUUUUCAUACUCAAUAAUAGUAACCAAUUCGAUGAAGUACAAACCUUCUUGGUAGACCACUGGACCAACAACUUUCCAUUGAAUUGUUAAUUUCAACUUGAUUAUGAACAAUUGUCACACCAGAAGUUCAAACAUUCAAAUGAACUUGCGAACUUCGUUGCGAAGUUCACGCCCAAUAUCCGAACUUGGAAUUUAUUUUGCCAUGUUCGCGACGAACUUGGGAAUGGGCGUUGAAAAGUGAUCUGAAAUCGACAAUAAGGUUGCAUCUAAUUUUAAGUGAUGCACCACAAGCAUUCGACAUUAGUCUAUCAAGGGAGGUAUGUCGUGCCGGGAUAGGGUAGUUAGUCAUCCCCCCGGUUAGGGUGAGGGUGCCAUGGCCCGGUUAGUUUUAGAGGGUUAAAUGGUUAGGGGUUCAUGGUCAGGGUGUGGAGGGGGGGGGGGGGGCUUUAAUUUUUUUACAUUCGUCAAAAAUGAUCACAUAUGCAUUAUUUGCAUGAAUUAUUAAUGAUUUCAGUUUAAGAUUGAAAAUGAAAAAAUCCACACAAGCGAAAUUAUAGCCAUUUGAAAUGUGCAAAAAAGCACCAAAAGCGAAGCCAGUCAAUCGUCUUUGCUAAAUCCAGCACAAACUCCAGUAUUUUUAAGAGUUAAUUUCUCAAAGAGGAUACAUGAUAUUACAUAUCUAUCCUUCGUGAAACUGCUAGUCCUGCAGAAGUAUGCUAUACGGCGGCAGUAAUUUUCUAGGUUGAAACUAAUUUCGGCGGGAGAAAAAUGAAUGACAACCUUUUUUCUAAUCGGUCUAUAAUCUACACAAAUUGCGAAAAAUAAUGUUUUAAGAUUAUUUAUUAUAUGGCUUUUCAAAAUUCUCUAUUCUGAUUGGUUGACAAGCGGUCCGUAACAACCCAUGUCCGGACCGUGGUCCGUAUUUUCCGUAUCUGCCCUGGUGUCCCGGAUGUCGUUUAUCUGGCGGGAAAUUUUUGCUUUGCAAAGAGAAAAAAUUUUUGCUUUUUAAUUUUCCAAUUGUGUGUCAUUAAAAUUUACAGAUAAAAAUUUCAAACAACAAAAUUGUUUUUGAUUGAGCAUGCAUGCCUACCGUAUAUUGUUACCCAGUGAAACUGACGAUAGCCGAUUUAAUUCGUGCGAAAAGCAUAUGCUCACAGACUCAGUUCAGCCAUAUACAGUAAUAAACCGAUUAUUGACCUCGCUUGUUCGGUCUGUACUGUGAAAUAUCAGACCUCUGUUUUUUUGCAUGGACCUCUCUCCUUCGUCGCUCGGUCAUACUAAAAAACUUCCUGGUUUUUUUUUUCAGAAUGUGUUAUAUUUACAUCGAUUAUCAGAUGGCUCACUAAUCAAGGAACUUCCCCUGGACAUUGGUAGUAUUGUUGGAUUUUCUGGCAAGAAAAAACAAACUGAA